AUUCUCCUUCUAUACUUGUCAAAUCUUUUCUUCUCUUCUCUUCUUUCUCUCGUUUCUGUUCUCUUCUUGGUAUCAAUUAAUUUCUGCUCUUCUCUUCUUCCUCUCAUUUCUGUUGUUGCCGUGUUCAUUAAUGUCAAACUUCUCGGAAUCGACGAACUCGUCAAUGUCACCUUGCGUUGCUGCUCGAAUCUGUAAGUGUGGUGUUUCUCCAAAGUUGAAUACUUCUUGGACCCAAUUAAACCCAGGUCGUAGGUUUUUUGCUUGCAAAAUCGGAAAGAAAAAGGGUGGAUGUGAUUAUUUCUGUUGGUAUGACGAUGAGAUGCCUACUCAAGCGAAGAAUAUAAUUUGGGGUUUAUUAAAGAGAGUCAAAGCUUUUGAAGAGGAGAAAGUUCGAGCAAAAAGAAGACGGAUCCUUUUGACGAUUGUUGUUGUAUUGUUGGUCGUUUUAUGGAAACUGUAUGACUAAUGAAUUUUGGUUGACUGAUGAGCAAAAAGA